AUGGGCUUGGAUCCUAUGAAUCAAUCCAUAGCAAAAAAUGCAGCUGAUGGAUCCUUUAUGGAUAAUACAUUUACAAGGGUCACACAAAUCCUUGACCAGAUGGCAGAAUAUAACCAAGCUUGGCACUCGAAAGACACCACGGGUGGAAUUCCAUAUGGUACUCCUUCCUUGACCAACAUGCUUAAGGAGAACCAAGAAAGAGAUCAAGUGAUUGCCGGGCUUGCCACCAAUGUCAAUGUGUUGACGAAGAUGUUCACUGAAAGCAAAAGAAAAAAGGUGAAUGUGGUGGAAGAUGUUCAACCCAUGUCAAAUGAGGAUUACGAGGAAGCAAAUUAUGUCAACAACUCUCAAGGAGGUUAUCAAAGGCAACCCUACCAAGGUUCAAGACAACAAAACCAAUGGAGGCCUACCCGCAAGGGCAAGGCAACCAACCGUAGCAAAAUGACCAAGGAAAGUUCUUCAAGUGAGUCCAAGUUGGAAAACAUGCUUGAACGAAUAUUGCAAAAUCAAGAAAGAUCUGACACUUCAAUGAAGAAUAUGACCGAGCUUGCGGUUGAGGCACAAGUUGAGGUGCCAAUUGUUGUUGGAGCUGAAAGACUCCCAAAUGAGGUGAAAAUUCAAGAAGUGAACCAUGAAGAGGUUAAGGGAAAGGUAAAAGAGACACCAAAAACUCUAGCACCAAUUCCUAGGCCUCCUUCUCUCUUCCCUCAAGGACUUGUUAGGAAGGUUGAUGAUAGCGAACUCGAGAAGUUCUAUGACAUUCUCAAUCAAUUAUCGGUGAACAUUCCAUUUGUGGAAGCAUUUCAAGAGAUGUCGGGUUUUGCUAAGCACUUGAAAGACUUGAUCACUAAAAAGAAAACCACCAGGAAUGAUGUGGUGAAUGUGACUCACCGAGUUAGUUCCAUCAUUGCAACAACUACCGUCCAAAAGAAAGAGGACCCGGGAGCCUUCACCAUUCCAUGUACUAUUGGGUUGUGCGAUUUUGCACGAGCCCUUUGUGAUAAUGGGGCUAGAAUCAACUUAGUGCCUCUUGCUAUCUACAAGAAAAAGGGGUUAGGUAUGCCUAGGCUUACAAGUAUGAGGUUGCAAAUGGCCGACCGUUCAAUUAAGAGACCGCUGGGAAUUGUUGAUAAUGCUCUUGUGAAAGUGGGGAAGUUCCUUCUCCCUGCCGACUUUGUUAUCCUCGACUAUGCUGUUGAUAAAAAAAUCCCUAUUAUCUUGGGGGGACCAUUCCUUGCUACCGGAAGAGCACUCAUGAAUUUGGAACGAAAUGAGAUCAAGUUCUGA